GGGUUAACAGUGGGGCGACUCCCUUCCCCUGCGGAGCUAGAUAUCUGUGCUAAGAGCCAGGAGAGUGUUGCUGGAGAAGGGCGUCACGUUAAGGGCGGGGUCUUUAAGGAGGCCCGAAUAAGAUUGGGAAUUUCAGGCCCACUAAAAGUAUUUGACUCUGAUGGUCCUAAGUUCUAGGAUGGAUGUUACUAAAAGAAGUGACACAAAUGUCCAUGGAUAACAAGGGGAGACCCCUGAAGGUCUCUUGUAUAUAACAGGACCCAGGAAUGCCAACUGACUGGUACGCGUUCCUUUAAACUACAUGACAGCAAAUAAAAAAUGCAAAACAGAUUUAGAGACCUGGUCUGGGACUGCAAUGACAGCCAUUAGCGUGGAAGGAUGGUCCCUAAGAGUAGCAUAAGGGCCUUGAAUGACAAACGCUGGGAAAACCAUUCGUGUUUUGGAAUAGUAUAUCUGAUGCUCAAUUUGAUAUUUCAAAUAAGAAAAAUGAAUACUAAUUUAGCGCCCCCCUCCCCCCCCAUUACAGGCAUGGCUGAAGAAAGCUGUGUUUUUGGGAUGUCUUCAACAUUUUUUUCAAUACCAGAAAGACAUGUUUGGAAACCCUAGUCUCAUAUAGUUUCUAUAUUUUAUUUAUGUCACUAAAUACAUUAAGGGGGUCCAAGAUAGGGCUAAUGAUAUUUGCAGACGUGCACCUGGCUUAGUUAACUUUAAGAUAAGAGUCAAUUUUAAACAAAAAUUAAGGAUUGUUACUUAAGGCUAAAGUAGUGUCAAAGCUCAAAAUGGAAAUACCUCACUACUUUGAGAUCUGUGAUACAAGUAAAAUUCAUUUUAAUAUGGGCUAAGCGGCUUUUUAAGCUUUUGCAAAUGUUUUAGAAAUGUUACAAACUGUUAAAUGAGAUGAGAAAUAAAAUAACGAGGUUAGAAAAAUAUACAAGAAACAGCAAGUUUUAAAGAAGUUGUAUAUGUUGAAAAACAAGAUACAAUUAAAUGAUGCAUAUCUAGCAGCGAGAUCUUUUAGAAGGAAAACAGACUUUGUUCAAUUAUGGAAACAAACGCAGGAGACAGCUUGCUUGGCUUUUAGCAGAUAUACAUUGACUGGCUUGGAGAAUGUACCCAUAUCCCAGAUUCGCCUGGACAAGGCCUGAGCAGCCAAGACUGGCAGGAGAUCUCCACAGCCAUGAUGCUGUCGCUGAGAAAGAUUCCCCAAGACACGGUGCAGCAGUCACAGGUCGGAGGCCAGGAAGAAGAAUUGCAGCACCAGCACCCCUGGGCUCAGGCCACUCUCCUUGAGACUGAGCCUGGUCAUUGGCUGUUGAUGUCUGAGCAGUGACAAUUGAUGGAAUUCAGGUCCAGCAGGAUUCAGACUAGGCCAGAAGGAACUCCAUUAGGCCCCACUUCAAGCAUCAGAACUGCCAGAAGAGCAGCAAGACUAACAGCGGACAGGGAGGAGAGAGAGGCAACAAACACACUCUUGGGGUGAUAGGACUUCCUGCAUCAGCCUGGGACUUGCAGCUAGGACGGCAGCCCAAAGGUCCAGGGGCAGGUGGCUUAUUAUAAUGCAGGUUAUUAUAAGAAGAAUCAAGAGGCAGGCUAGGGAGGAAGGUAUGACCUGAUGCUGGAAGUGAGUUUGUUGAUCACAAGGAGAAGGAGGUACAAGGUGGUGAAAUGCACUUACCUUGUUGUCCACCCACCAACAACAUCGUGGCUCUCAUUUUUACAGAUAAGGCCAUAUAUUUUAACCAGGAAAAACAGUGGAAAGUGACUGCAGGUGCUAGACGGCAAGCACAGCAAUCAGCUACAUGCCUCAUGGCAUUCAUCUGCUAUUUUGACAGCUUCUUUGUCUCAGCCUAUAACACACAUUCAGAGAACAUUUCUCUUCAGAGAGGAGGUUGAUGUAAGGAGACAUGCAGUCCAACCCAAAAAGUUAAUACAUGGCUAUUACGGUGUGGUAAUUUGCAAUGUGCUCAUUUUAAGACCCCUGCUGAAUACACCUUUUACCCUAUGGAGUCCAUCCCAUGCUUCUCUUUAUCUACAGGGACCAUGAUAGAACUUUUGGGUAUUUCACUUGAACCUCUAAGUGACAAGGGAUAAAGAUGGAGGUUUGGCUACUGUGGAAAUGAUUGACUCAGUGAAAAUACGGAGACAGUGCAGUUUGGAUUUUUACUCACAUUAUGAGCAUCUCUGUUCACUUGCUGGGUGUCUGCCUCUGCCAGCUGUGAAAGCUAGAAAACUUCAUGGUAUUCUUGAUAUAAAUGUAGAUCGUAUUAAAGCCAAUGACUGGGCUCCUCUUUUGAAUGCUAUCAGACAAAACAAGACUUUGACUUCUAUUGCCAUAAGAAGCUUGCACCAUCAGGGACAUGGAGAUUCAGGUGCUGAAAGACACGGACCUUCUUUCAAAAGAAGAAUUCCAGCAAUUCGAUCCAAAGACUUGUCUGGUCAACUGUGUAAAUCAAUAAAAGGUUGUCUGAUGUCAAAUGUCCUGAGAAAUUUGGAUCUUCAGGGACUGCUUUUGAGGGAAAGAGACUUAAUAUUAUUGUCAAAAGGAUUGGUGAACACAUCUUUAGAGAGCCUGUCGCUAGCACACUCACCAGUUGGUGAUGGAGGUUUAAAAAUAAUCUGUCAAAGUGUGAAGAAUUCAGCUUGCAUCAGAUCUAUAGAUUUUACAGGAUGCAGUUUGACCUGGCGCGGAGUAGAACACAUAGCCAGUGUCUUAAAGCACCAGGCAAUUAAAAGACAUGGUGAUGCUUGGGCAGAGAGCUUGCGAUAUAGAAAACCUGAUUUAGACUGCAUGGCUGGCUUGAGACGCAUCACUCUCAACUGUAACAUGCUUAUUGGUGACCGAGGAGCAACUAUCCUAGCAGGAUACCUUGCUGAAGAUCUGUGGCUCAAAGCACUGGAUUUGCAGCAAUGUGGAAUUUCCAAUGAUGGGGCAAAAUUACUUUUGGAUGCCUUUAAGACUAAUACAACACUAGUGGUGCUGGAUAUUAGACAAAAUCCAUUAGUAGAUCAUGCUUUAAUCAAGACUGUAAUAGAGAAGGUUCACAUGAAUGCAAAUGGAGCAAACUUGGAGUACAAAUGGCUUCCAUCUCCAUCAUCAAAAGAUGUUAAAAACAAGCCCAAAAAAAGAACUGUUGUCCUAGGAAAUGGUCGGAAAGGAAAGGCUACUAUUCGUAUUGUAAUUUGGAGACAUAGAGGAUUUGCAUCAAAAAAGACUGUAGGUCCUGGUAAGUCAUAUGAUCAAGAGAGCUAUGCUCCAAAGCCAUUGCCCCCAGGAGCAUGUGGAUUCCUACCUUGGAGGACUGCAGAACGUGCAAAACGGCACAGGGCUUCAUCAGUGAAUGAUAUCCAUGAAUUGCCACUGCAAAUCCAGGCUGGUAUUCCUUUGAAAGUUACUGUGGAAAGUGCUUCUGCAUCUGAAAUUGAGGAGACAGAUGAUGCUGUAGAUGACAUCUGUGAUACUGAUGCCACAAAAUCUCCAGAAAUAAUUAAUUUGAAACAGUUCAGCCAGUUACAGAUGCGCUAUGAAGAGUGUCAGCUGAGAUUAAAAGAAGAGCAAAAAGCAAGAGUAACGACUGAAGAACAUGUAAUGGAGCUGGAAGCAGAAAAUGCCAGAUUAAGGAAGCUGAACAGUUCUUUAUCAGAAGUUCUGCAUGCACAGUCAGUAGCCAGCACCAUACUGGAAGAUGAAGGAGUUCUGGAUAGCAUUGAGAACUCUUUUCAAAAGUUUCAUGCCUUCUUGGAUCUUCUUAAAGAUGCUGGACUUGGACAGCUUGCAGUGAUGGCUGGUAUUGACCAGUCAGAUUUUGGCUUCUUGCAGCGUCCGCAAAUGACAUCUACUCUAAAUAUGCCUGCCAUAACACAAACUGAUAACUUGCUUGAAGAAGAAAGACAGAAACAAAUGCAGAAUGUCAAAAAUUCUGGCCCGGUUUCUUUUCGGGGUCUUCCCCAUUGUCAGACUGAUUUGAUUCCUUUUCAAGAUGCAAAUAAAUUCCUACUUGCUACAGGAGAUGUACAACAACAUCAGGUUACUGGUCAGUCCCAGCAAAGUUUCCAGCAAGGCAUGGAAGAAAAUGCAUCAAAAAACAGUCAAUCAUCAUCUUCUGAGAAGAUCAGCAAACCUAUGGAUUUGAAAGAAAGAGUGUCUUUUGUGAGACAGUCAGUUACUGGUCAUCAUUCAGCAUCUGAUUCUAGUAUAAAUCUGUAUAGUGGGAAUGAUAACAAAUACAGUGUCAUUACUAGUGGUGAUAACAAAAAACUUUCUUCUAAAAGACUUUGCCAUACUACAAGUUUUUCUGCUAGAGACCAAAACACACAUCAAACUGACCCUUCUAGAAAUGAUACAGUAAGGUCUGAUUCUGAAAUACAGGAAAGCAUCCAUUCUAUAGGAAGUACUUGAAAACUCCACUCCCAAUGGAUAAGAGUAUUGGAUUCCUGAGAAUCCAUUCAUUGUGUGGUCCUUUGUAAUAGACAUAUGCUUUAAAAAGGUCAAAGAUACCCAAUGUCUGUGUCCUUGCUGUGUAACUUUAGCAAGCAUAUUUGCUGAAAGUAACCAAAACAAUUGAUACUGCAUUUUACUUCUUUUGUGGUUUGAUAAAGUAUUAUUAUAAUUCUCAUGUAUAAUUUUAAUAUGAAUUAAGAUUUUUAAAUGAUAUAGAGCUGAAUACAAUUAAUAUGUUUUCUUUCUUUAGCUAAUCAUGUUGGCAAGUACUUUGGUAACAAAUUUAGUGCUUGAUACUGUAGAAUAUUAAUUACAAACUAAAUUUCAAUUAUUAUUGGGGGUCAAAUGUAAAAAUUAAAAAGCUGUACUUCCUUUUAA